UCAUUCCAAAAUGGCAUCAUUUCCUGCGGCGGCAACACGGUGCGGGCGUUCGCUCCGACCGUUACUGUUAAUACAAAACAUUAUUUUUGUAUUUAGAUAGAAAACAGAUUUAUAUUUUGUUUUUGGUGUCAUAAGAAGAAGCACAUUUUAUAAAAUGGGAAAACCAGAUUUUAAGAGUCCACGUGGAGGUGGUAGAGGUGGUGGCCCACGCGGCGGACGAGGCGGCGGAGGCCGAGGGGGCUUCGGAGGAAGAGGAGGCGGUGGAGGAGGGAAGUUUGAAAAGAGGGGUGGGGGAGGAGGGAGAGGCUUCGGAGGCAGGGGUGGAGGUCGCGGUCGGGGCGGAGGCCGAGGCGGCGGGGGCGGAGGUUUCAAGGGCGGGAAACAAGUCAUUAUUGAACCUCACAGACAUCCCGGCGUAUUCAUAGCAAGAGGUAAAGAAGACGCCCUCGUCACUAAGAACCUUGUGCCGGGCUCUGAGGUGUAUGGGGAGAAGAGGAUUUCUGUUGAAAACGAAGGAGAGAAAAUUGAAUACAGAGUAUGGAACCCCUUCCGUUCCAAGUUGGCUGCGGCUAUCAUGGGCGGAGUUGAUGCUAUUCACAUGCCUCCAGGGUCGAGGGUGUUGUAUCUCGGAGCUGCCAGUGGAACCACCGUCAGUCACGUAUCAGAUGUUGUAGGGCCCGAAGGUCUAGUGUAUGCCGUAGAGUUCUCACACAGAUCGGGAAGAGAUUUAAUAAAUGUGGCUAAGAAGAGGACUAAUAUUAUACCCAUCAUAGAAGAUGCCAGACAUCCGCUGAAAUACAGAAUGCUAGUUGGCAUGGUCGACACAAUAUUCGCGGACGUCGCUCAACCCGACCAAGCCAGGAUAGUUAGUUUAAACGCACAACACUUCCUCAAGAACGGAGGACAUUUUGUUAUAUCUAUAAAGGCUUCAUGUAUCGACUCCACGGCGCAACCCGAGGCAGUGUUCGCAGCGGAGGUUAAGAAACUGCAAGCGGACAAACUGAAGCCCCAAGAACAGCUGACGUUGGAGCCCUACGAGAGGGACCACGCGGUCGUCGUGGGAGUGUUCAGGCCGCCGAAGAAGCCCUAGGAUUAAUAUACUAUACUGUGACUAUAUUGUAAUGUUUGUUAAUGUUCAGCCGAGAGCUGAUGCUGAAUGACAGUGAGGACGUACAAGGUGAUGUAUGGCUUAGUUGUAAGUUGUAAUAAUAAAGAUAUUUCCGUAAGA